CGCGGCGGGAACCUGGAAUUGUGUGAAUUUCUCUGACAUCCGGAUCGCGAGCGGAGUCGGCUUGUCCCGCAGAGGGCUCCCGGGACAGGGCAGGAUUCUAGCGGUUUUGUUUUUGUUUUUAAGGGGAGCGGGUGUAAGGGAGGAGGAGAAUGGACAGAAUACUGACUGGAACGUUAAUUGGAGCAUUUCAGAUGUGAAGAGUAGAGUAGUUCCGUACUCUUCUUUCUUCAGUUGCUCCAUCAGUCUAACUUCAUUUUUGGAUUCCCAGCUUUGAAACCGGCCAGAGCGUUUGGCAGAAUUUGACCGAAUUCAGGUGUGAGGGUUUGAGCCAGUAUAAGUGCCUUUUAAUUAGGGCACGCAAUUCAACCACUGUUUACGAUGGGAUUUCUGAAGACCUGUGUACUUAGAAGAAAUGCAUGCACUGCGGUUUGCUUCUGGAGAAGACAAGUUGUACAAAAGCCUUCAGUUAGAAAGAUUAGUACUACCUCUCCAAGGAGCACUGUCAUGCCCGCUUGGGUGAUAGAUAAAUAUGGGAGUAAUGAAGUGCUUCGAUUUACUCAGAACAUGAUGAUACCAAUGAUACACUAUCCAAAUGAAGUCAUUAUCAAAGUUCACGCUGCGAGUGUAAAUCCUAUAGAUGUUAAUAUGAGAAGUGGCUAUGGAGCUACAGCUUUAAAUAUGAAACGUGAUCCUUUACAUAUUAAAAUCAAAGGAGAAGAAUUUCCCCUGACUCUGGGCCGGGAUGUGUCUGGUGUGGUGAUGGAGUGUGGACUUGAUGUGAGGUACUUCAAGCCUGGCGAUGAGGUCUGGGCUGCAGUUCCUCCCUGGAAGCAAGGCACUCUCUCAGAGUUUGUUGUAGUCAGUGGGAAUGAGGUCUCUCACAAGCCCAAAUCACUCACUCAUGCUCAAGCUGCCUCUCUGCCAUAUGUGGCCCUCACAGCCUGGUCUGCCAUAAACAAGAUUGGUGGCCUGAAUGAUAAGAAUUGCACAGGAAAACGUGUUUUAAUCUUGGGUGCUUCAGGCGGAGUUGGUACUUUUGCUAUACAGGUAAUGAAAGCAUGGGAUGCUCAUGUGACAGCAGUUUGCUCUCAGGAUGCCAGUGAACUUGUAAGGAAGCUCGGGGCAGAUGAUGUAAUUGAUUACAAAUCCGGAAAUAUGGAAGAGCAGUUGAAAUAUUUAAAGCCGUUUGAUUUUAUUCUCGACAGUGUUGGUGGAUCCACCGAAACAUGGGCUCUAAAUUUUCUCAAGAAGUGGUCAGGAGCCACGUAUGUGACUUUGGUGACUCCUUUCCUCCUGAACAUGGACCGGUUGGGCAUAGCGGAUGGCAUGUUGCAGACAGGCGUCACCGUGGGCUCUAAGACAUUGAAGCAUUUCUGGCAAGGAGUCCAUUAUCGCUGGGCUUUUUUCAUGGCCAGUGGUCCAUAUCUAGAUGACAUUGCAGAACUGGUGGAUGCGGGAAAGAUUCAGCCAGUUAUUGAGAAAACCUUUCCGUUUUCUAAAGUUCCAGAAGCCUUCCUGAAGGUAGAAAGAGGACACGCACGAGGAAAGACCGUCGUCAGUGUCGUUUAAAUACACACUCAGUUUGGUG